UAAUAAAAACAGGAAAAUUAAGAAGUGCUCAACUCUGCAUGACCAUGGGCAAAGAAAGAAGAAAAAUUCUUAUGCAAGGUUCAGAAGAGAAUGGAGUUUGUUAACGUUACGGAGUUGGAGCGCUGAGAGAAACCAAAAGCAAAAAAGUAAAAAAAAAAAACCUAAAAAAAUCGCGAGAAUGGAACAGAGCGUUCUGGAAUGUCUGGGCGUUGAAAUCAUCGGCGUGAUGAGUCCGGUGUCGAUCUGCAUGUUCCUGGUGGUUCUUCUGGUCUACGCCCUCUCCUCGCCGUCAUCCUCUGCCGCCACCAUCACAACCGCCGCCAACCUCGUCUACGCCGAGAAUCCCGCCGAUAGCCCAGCGGAGAAGUUCGAGGGCGCGCUCCUCAACGCCGUCGUCUUCGUCGGCCUCAUCGCGCUCGUCACCUUCCUCCUCGUACUCCUCUACUACUACAACUGUACCGCCUUCCUCCGCCACUACACGCGCUUCUCCGCCUUCUUCGUCCUCGCCUCCAUGGGCGGAUCCAUCCUCCUCUCCCUCCUCCAGCGCUUCUCCAUCCCCCUCGACGCGGUAUCCUCCUUGCUUCUGCUCUUCAAUUUCACCGUCGUCGGAGUACUCUCCGUCUUCGCCGGCGGGAUCCCGAUUAUUCUCCGCCAAGCGUACAUGGUCUGCCUCGGGAUCAUCGUCGCUGCUUGGUUCACCAAAUUGCCUGAGUGGACCACGUGGACGCUCCUCGUUGCGCUCGCGCUCUACGAUUUGGUGGCCGUUCUCGCCCCCGGAGGCCCGCUCAAGCUCCUCGUCGAUUUGGCGUCCACUCGGAACGAGGAGCUGCCGGCGUUGGUCUACGAGGCGCGUCCUACUGUCGCUACCCGAACCCCCGCCGCCCUAGGAUUUAUGGUCGCCGGGGUUUCGGAUUCUGAAGCUUCUAGAAUUGAGCUUCAGGUAGUUUCUAGGGAUAAUGUAAGUAACAAUGAUGAUGAUGACGACGACAUUGAUGCGAAUCAUGGUGGGAGCGAUGAAGGGGAAAGGUCCCCAUUGGUUGGUGGAAUGAGAUUUGGCGAGGUUGUUAUUAAUGAGGAGAUGUCUCCCCUUGUUGAAAUGAGUGGGAUUGGGGAUGGUGAGGACGCCGAGAGGGUGAUGAGGGAGAUUGGUGGGGAGAGGGGGAUUAAGCUUGGCCUUGGGGACUUUGUUUUCUACAGUGUUCUUGUGGGGAGAGCUGCCAUGUAUGAUUUGAUGACAGUGUAUGCGUGUUACCUUGCCAUUAUUUCGGGACUGGGGUGCACACUGAUAUUGUUGUCGGUGUGCCGGCAGGCUCUGCCGGCACUUCCAAUUUCGAUCGCCCUGGGGGUUCUGUUCUAUUUUUUGACGCGGCUGCUGAUGGAGCCCUUCAUUGUUGGGACUGCCACCAAUUUGAUGAUGUUUUGAGGUUUUUGAGAUACAGGUUUGGCAGGCUAGGCUUUAGGAAUGUUCUAGUGGUUUCAUGUACAAGGAAUUUUUGCAUGGAAUGAUUAAGUAGGAUUAUAUCCAUUACAGCAAAUGAUAUACUUGUGCUCAUUUUCACAGAUAGUGUUGUAACUGAUGUUUGAAAUGAAAUGCAAUUCAACCACCCCUUCCAUGUCC